AUGAAAGGUGAUGGAGCCAAUUGCAUAAUGAUCAAUCAAGAUUUGCAUAUUGAUAUUCUUGGAAUAUUGAUGGAGUACAUCCUUGAUGAGGCAUGUGAUAUUGACAUGAAAACUAAAUUUAAACGAAAGAACUGCUGGCCAAAAACUGACAAAAGAACAAUAAAUGACCAAGGAAAGUCCACUGGAGUCUUGCCUUUCUCAAACAUUCCUGAGUAG